UCACUACAGCUUACCUCACUUCUCACAUUCACUCUCCGCCAUGUCCGCAUUUUCCGCUUCUCUCUUAACCGUCGGAUCGCCUAAUGCGAAGCGCCAUCUUCCUUCCGCCGUCGCUCUCAGCCGUCCAUUGUCAGCUUCGUUCUCUCUCUUUCCGCCUCCGACGACAUCCGUUGCGUUGAAGGCUUCGCGAUUGCACGCCUCGGACGGCGGUCAGGUGGCGACGGAGCCUGGAUCCUCCGCGGCGAUCGCGGUCCAGAACGACGACGCAUUGGACUCCACCGUUUUCGAAAUCCGCGCUCGGAACCGGAUCGGGCUGCUCCAGGUCAUCACCCGGGUGUUCGGCGUCCUCGGCUUGAAAAUCGACAGGGCGGUGGUGGAAUUCGAGGGCGAAUUCUUCGUCAAGAGGUUUUUCGUGACGGACUCGCACGGUGGAAAGAUCGAGAAUGAUGAGCAUUUGGAUAGGAUUCGGAAGGCGUUGAUGGACGCUGUUGAGGGCGGUGAUGAUGGAGCCGCGGCGCCGGCGGUGGCGGCUAGUGGGAGAGGGGUGGUGGUUAGGAAAGCCGGGUUAGGAUUGGAGUUGGGGGAGCGGAAGGGGAAGGCCGAGAGGAUGUUUGGGUUGAUGGACGGGUUUUUGAAGAAUGAUCCUAUUAGUCUGCAAAAGGAUAUUCUCGAUCACGUUGAGUACACUGUUGCACGAUCGAGGUUUAACUUUGACGACUUUGAAGCUUAUCAGGCAUUGUCGCACAGUGUAAGAGAUCGGCUUAUUGAGCGGUGGCAUGAUACACACCAAUAUUUUAAGAAGAAAGAUCCCAAGCGUGUAUACUUCCUUUCGCUUGAGUUUCUCAUGGGUCGUUCUCUGUCAAAUAGUGUCAUAAACCUUGGCAUCCAGGAUCAGUAUGCUGAUGCUUUAACUCAGCUUGGAUUUGAGUUUGAAGUCUUAGCAGAACAGGAAGGGGAUGCUGCACUUGGUAAUGGUGGUCUAGCUCGGCUAGCAGCUUGCCAGAUGGAUUCUCUGGCAACACUGGACUACCCUGCCUGGGGUUAUGGGCUACGCUAUCAAUAUGGGCUAUUCCGUCAAAUCAUAAUGGAUGGAUUUCAACAUGAACAACCUGAUUAUUGGUUAAACUUUGGGAACCCCUGGGAAAUAGAGCGUGUUCAUGUAUCAUACCCUGUGAAGUUUUAUGGGACCAUUGAAGAGAAAGUUUCAAAUGGAGAAAAAUUUGAAGUUUGGGUACCUGGAGAAAUAGUUGAGGCAGUUGCUUAUGACAACCCUUUACCUGGUUAUGGAACACGGAAUGCCAUUAACCUUCGACUAUGGGCAGCGAAACCAAGCAACCAAUAUGACAUGGAAGCUUUUAACACUGGAGACUAUAUCAAUGCAGUUGUUAACAGACAGAAAGCUGAGACUAUUAGCAAUGUUUUGUACCCUGAUGACCGUUCUUACCAGGGCAAGGAACUGCGUCUGAAGCAACAAUAUUUCUUUGUUUCAGCAUCGUGCCAAGACAUCAUUAGGAGGUUUAAAGAUCUUAAUUCUAACUUUGAAGAAUUUCCAGAAAAGGUCGCUCUUCAGAUAAAUGAUACUCAUCCAUCUCUUAGCAUUGUUGAGGUAAUGAGAGUUCUUGUUGAUGAAGAGCACCUGCCUUGGAGUAAAGCAUGGGAUAUUGUUUGCAAAACAUUCUCCAUCACUAUUCAUGCAGUACAGCCUGAAGGACUUGAGAGAAUUCCUGUUGAUCUGCUAGGCAGUGUUCUUCCACGUCAUCUACAGAUUAUAUAUGAGAUAAACUACAGAUUCAUGGAAGAGUUGAAAAACCGGUUUGGUCAGGAUUACAGUCGACUUUCUCUCAUGUCCAUUGUUGAGGAUGGUGCUGUGGAGAAUAUAAGGAUGGCAAACUUGUCAGUUGUUUGUUGCCACACUGUGAAUGGAGUUUCCAGAGAGCAUUUGGAGACUCUAAAGAAAAGAGUGUUCAAGGACUUCUAUGAGUUGUGGCCUCAAAAAUUUCAAUACAAGACAAAUGGAGUUACUCAGCGCCGCUGGAUUGUAGUGAGCAAUCCAAGUUUGUCUUCAAUUAUUUCAAAAUGGCUUGGAACAGAAGCUUGGAUCCGUGAUAUUGACCUCAUCUCAGGCUUACGGGAUUAUGUUUCAGAUCCUGGUCUGCAUAAAGAAUGGAAGAUGAUGAAGAAGGUUAACAAGAUGAGGCUUGCUGAAUACAUUGAAACAAUUAGCGGAGUGAAGGUCAGUUUAGAGGCAAUGUUUGACGUUCAGAUAAAACGAAUACAUGAAUACAAGAGACAACUGAUGAAUAUACUAGGCAUCAUACACAGAUAUGACUGUAUUAAGAAUAUGGAUAAGAGUGAGAGACGAAGAGUUGUACCUCGUGUAUGCAUAAUUGGAGGGAAAGCUGCCCCUGGUUAUGAAAUUGCUAAGAAGAUUAUCAAACUUUGUCAUGCAGUGGCAGAUAUAAUUAACAAUGACUCUGAUGUUGGAGACCUCCUGAAACUGGUUUUUAUCCCUGAUUACAAUGUAACUGUUGCUGAGUUGGUAAUUCCUGGCAGUGACCUUUCACAGCACAUAAGCACUGCUGGACAUGAGGCAUCUGGAACUGGCAGUAUGAAAUUUUUAAUGAACGGAUGUUUAUUGUUAGCUACUGCAGAUGGCUCAACAAUCGAAAUUGCCCAAGAAAUAGGAGCAGAUAACAUGUUUCUAUUUGGUGCAAAAGCAGAUGAGGUCGCAGCAUUGCGAGAAAAAGGAGCUACCCUCAAAGCACCACUUCAAUUUGCACGGGUUGUAAGGAUGGUUCGAGAUGGUUAUUUUGGCUAUAAGGACUACUUCAAGCCAUUAUGUGACACAUUGGAGAAAGAUCAUUAUCUUCAUGGUUAUGAUUUCUCCAGCUAUUUAGAAGCACAGGCUGCAGCUGACAGAGCGUUUGUGGACGAGGAGAAGUGGACAAGAAUGAGCAUACUGAGCACUGCUGGAUCUGGCAAAUUCAGCAGUGAUAUAAACAUAAGAGAAUAUGCAGAGCAGACAUGGGGAAUCAAACCUUGCAAGUGCCCAUUUUAA